AUGGCUCUCCGAUAUAGCCAACCACUCAUAUUCCCCGCUGCUGCCAAGCAUACGGCCACUGUCAUCUUUGCCCAUGGUCUAGGUGAUACAGGUCACGGCUGGGCCUCUGCCGUAGAGAACUGGCGGCGUCGGCAACGUCUUGACGAGGUCAAGUUCAUCCUGCCGCAUGCGCCCACGAUUCCCAUCACAUGCAAUGGAGGCUUCAGGAUGCCAGGUUGGUUCGAUAUCAAGGUGCUCGACGGUAGCGUCGAGUCGAUGCGCGAGAAUGAGGACGCCGAGGGCAUCCACACCUCGGCAGACUACCUGCUGUCCCUGGUCCAGUCCGAGAUUGACGCCGGAAUCCCGUCAGACCGCAUCGUGCUGGGUGGCUUCAGCCAAGGCGGUGCCAUGUCCAUCUACACGGGCCUGACCGCCAAGGUCAAGCUCGCAGGCAUCGUGGGGCUUUCCAGCUGGCUGCUUCUCAGCAAGACCUUCCGCGAGGUGCUGGCUGCAGGCCCCAAGAUGAAUGACAACACUCCGAUCCUGAUGUGCCACGGCGACUCUGACCCCCUUGUGAGACCCGAGUUGAACAUGUUGAGCUAUUCGGUGCUCAACACUAUUGGGCUGAACGUGACACGGAAGGUCUACGAGGGCCUGGCUCACUCUGCCUCACUGGAGGAGCUUGAUGAUGUGGAGGCCUUCCUGAAAGAAAGGCUGCCCGCCUUGGGAGAUAAGGCAGAUGCAAGCACGUCCGCUGAUGGCAAGUCUGAGCUCUGA